AUGGUAAUUUCCAGUGAAGAUGAGAGGACUACUCCUACAAAACCUGAUGAGAAAUCCCUAUCGGCUGCCAACCUAGACGACACCCCAAGGGAAACAGAAGUGAUGCCACCUACCCCUACUGACCGGGAGGUCGAAACUCCUACAAGACCGGAAAAGGAUACUGCCGAGAUGGCUAAGGGUCUGAACCUUGAAUCGAAGGCAGUAGGAGACAACAUACCAACAGAGAAAGAGUCUAUCACAACCCUUGAGACCGAGCCUACCAACACAAGGGAACCUGCGACAUCGACGGUGAAGAAGCCAGACGAUGAUACUGAGGAGGAAAGAUACCUGCAAGAAAGAAAGAGGAAGGGGAAAGCCCCUGUGAAAGCAAAGCAAGACAGCAAGAAACCCUGCACAACUAACACCGGAAUAGUGAUCCGAGAUCCGGAGAGAAGAGAUCCACAACGUCGACGAGAGGCUUGCGAUGACGAAUACACCUCGAGUGAAGAACCGGAUUCAGAGAGCGACGUAUCGUUGGAGGAUGAGGAGUUCCAGGAGCAGCAAUUGCCUGAGAACCACCGCGAGUUAAUCCACCCCCUGGUGGAGAGGCUGGAGUACUUGCCCUGGCAGGUCGAUCUCAAUGAUGACCUGACGAAGGAUAUAAAGCAUUACAACACCAAAAAGCUUCAAGAUGUCUUCGAUGAUAAAGAUGACAGCAAACAGAGGCAGGCGAACCUGGAGAGGGCGGUGGCGGAAUUGGCAGCUGAGAACAGGGAGGCACGGGCAGAGUUGGCAUGUCUGGAGGAUGUGAGGGAAAUCAUAUUAAAGGAGAUGGCAAGAAACAGAAUGAGCAGUGAGGCCGGGACGAGUGGCCUAGCUAGCGGAAGAAAUGAUCCAAGUGAAUCGGCUGAGAAAGAGGAGGAAGACGAGGAGUUUGAAGAUGACGGAACUGAACAACCGGAAGAUUUACCUGAGGAAGCACCUGCACCAAACUCCACUCCGAGAAGGAGUAGGAGGAACAAAUGA